UGACUUUUUGAGUGAAAACUCAAAAGUUGUUUACUCCAUAAUUUGAAGUCUUCCCUCCAUCUUCUCCGCAUUUUCCAACCCAACCGAGUGAGCGAGUCAAGUACACGCGCCACCAUGAGCGAAGACGCUUCAUCUUACCCUCCGAUCGAACCAACCAAAUUCGACCUGAUCGUCGUCGGCACAGGUCUACCGGAAUCCGUAAUCGCCGCCGCAGCCUCCGCAAACGGCAAAACCGUCCUCCACCUUGACCCGAACUCCUCCUACGGGUCGCACUACGCGUCUCUCUCUCUCCACGACCUCUCAAAUUUCCUCAAUUCCCAUCCUGCCCCUCCUCCCUCCACCUCAUCCAACGGCCACGAUUUCACCCCCGUACCUCUCGCCCCUCGCCCCCUCUACUCCCACGUCGAAAUUUCCUCUUUUGUCCCUGAGAUCCUCGACGACGAACAUUCCAGAAAAUUCAACAUCGACUUGUGUGGACCUAGGGUUUUGUUCUGCGCCGAUAAGUCCAUCGAUCUGAUCCUGAAAUCUGGGGCGAACCAGUACAUUGACUUCAAGAGCAUCGAAUCGAGCUUCGUGUGCGAUGCGAGUGGGAGAUUGACGAACGUGCCGGACUCUCGGGCCGCGAUAUUCAAGGAUAAGAGCUUGGGGUUGACGGAGAAGAACCAGUUGAUGAGGUUGUUCAAGCUUGUUCAGCAACACUUGGGUGGUGGUGAGAAUGAGAAUGAGAGGAUUUCGGGGCAGGAUUUGGAGAGCCCGUUCGUCGAGUUCCUGAAGAAAAUGCGGUUGCCUCCAAAGAUUAAAUCGAUUAUUCUGUAUGCUAUAGCCAUGGCCGAUUAUGAUCAGGACAAUGUGGAGCUAUGUGAAGAUGUACUUAAGACAAAAGAUGGUAUAGAUCGUUUGGCUCUCUACAACUCAUCAGUUGGCAGGUUUCCAAAUGCAUUUGGGGCUUUUCUUUAUCCAAUUUAUGGUCAUGGGGAACUACCGCAAGCUUUUUGCCGCCGUGCUGCUGUCAAAGGUUGCAUUCAUGUUCUGCGAAUGCCAAUGAUUGCCCUACUUAUGGACAAGUUUAAGUGUACUGGGCAUUAUAAAGGAGUUAGAUUAUCUUCGGGUCAAGAUUUAUUCAGCCACCAGUUAAUCCUGGAUCCAUCCUCUGUAGUUCCGUUGCCAUUAAUUUCAUCUCCAACAGAUUCUCCAAGAGAAAAUCGUCAAAUUUUAGGUCUGGGAGAUGAAAAAAGGAAAGUUGCUCGGGGAAUAUGCAUUACAAGGAGUUCCUUAAGGCCAGAUACAUCAAAUUUUCUGGUGGUAUAUCCUCCAAGAUCUUUGUACCCUGAACAGGUUACAUCAAUCCGAGCUCUCCAAAUAGGUAGCGAUUUAGCUGUUUGUCCAUCAGGCAUGUUUGUAUUAUACUUUUGUACUUUGUGUCAUGAUGCCAACCAAGGGAUAAAGUCACUGAAUGCUGCCAUGGAUUCUCUUCUCACACUACCCAAGUCCUCACAUUCUGAAAGUAGUACAACUGUUCACAGUGAAAAUUCAGCAGAAGUAAAGCCCACUGUACUCUGGAAAGCAUUGUAUAUUCAGGAGCUUACCAUGGAUCAAUUUGAAUCUAUCAACUCCACUGCGAUGCCAGAUGGAAAGUUCAAUUACAAUAAUAUUUUGGAUGCAGCUUUGAAGAAUUUGGUGGUGGUUCUGGUACUUCGGUAGCUAUUUCAGAAGAUGUAUCCUGAUGAAGAAUUCUUUCCAGAAACAGUCUCACCUGAGAAUCCUGAGGAUGAUAAUGAGUUUAGUUUAGAGAGUUAACGUGCUUUACUGGACUAGAUGGUGUUAUCCAUCUUAGCAGUGCUCUGCUCGGAAAGUUAUGAAUUGUGGAUGGCUUGAAGUGCUGUGUAUUGCCUUGAGAAAGAGAACUUCACGUUUAAGCAAUCUACUGCCUCGUAUGUUUUCACAAAUUUUUGUAGCAUUAUAUUAAAAAAGGCAGAUACUGCCCUUUCAUUUUCAGAAGUUGUUGUACCAUUAUUCAACUCUACCUUAACCGUGCAACAGUGGCCGCCAUGGCACUGUUGUACAUACAAAUUCUAGUAGGAUGUCAGUGGCACUGUUGCACAUACAAAUUCUAGUAGGAUGUCAUGGUUCUUACACGUUUGGUAAAAAUAUUUCAUCUAUCUUGCAAUC